UGUCCAGCGCUUGCAAUGUGGCCGGCGCGGAACUUGAAGCGUUCCUGGGAGGCCAUAGUCUCCCGGCCGCUGCCCUGGCCGUAUCUGUUCUGGCGUCCGUGGCGAAUGGCAUGAACGUGGUCGGAUUUGUGGGUCACUACUACGCUCACGGGUUCCACGCGCUGUGGAUCUUGGUGGGGACUCCACUGGCGACAACCUUUGCGGUGGUUGUGAUGGUUCCACUGCUUUAUCGCCUCGGCGUGGCAUCGAUCUUUCAGUAUCUUCGUAUGCGUUUCGACAACAAGGUCGGAAUCACGGCGAGCAUCGUCUAUUUCGUCCUAAGCCAAACACUUGGCGCCGUGGGAAUCUAUAGUGCUGCGAUUGGAUUGGCUACAAUGCUCUCGGUUCCGCUAUUGUAUUCCAACAUCGUAAUUGGCCUCGCGGGAACAAUUUACACAGCCUUGGGUGGACUUCGCGGCGUUGUCUGGGCGGACUGCGUACAAGCACUAGUUAUGUUCAUAGCGCCGUUGACAAUUAUUGCGAAGGUCGUUUACGACUCUGGUCACGUGGAUCCGCCGCUGAGACCCAUGCGUGAUCUCAAUGUUACGGAGUACAUGUUCAGGUGAGAUAUGUGUAGAACGCUAAGAGUGUUUGACACAUCACUAGAAUGUGAAAAUAGUUGCACCUUUGGAUCGGCAAUAGGGAAGUUUUCUUUUUUGGUACACGUGACUGGUGUGCUUGCCCAAGGUGACUCUCAAUAUGCCACUUCGUUUCAUUCAAUGAAAUGGCGAAAUGUUUAUUCUGAAUGAGUGCUUGUUUCUUGCUUAUUUAUCUUUUAAUAACUGAAUAUUCAGUAUUUGAUGUCGCAUGGCGUCAGAUCAAUUGUGUUUACACUUAGAGAAAUUUGUGUAUAAGCAGAAAUAAUUUCAGUCUUAUAUGACCAUUCAAGCAUUGACCUAAAGCAAUACUUGAGCGGUCAUACGAGGGCGGACCAGAAAGUUCUUGCGCCUAUAUUUUAUUAGCCAUAAUAAGGUAUAUACAGGUAAUCUCAAAUAUACGUACUGUUCUACGUACAUUGCAUUAUUUUUCCACAUGGUCCUCUCACCGGUUCAUACAUUUGUCGCAUCGCAGCAAUAAUCUCUAGACGCCCUGUCAUGCAAGUCCUUUUACGAACUCACAACACCACCACCUCACAUUUCUCAAAGCGAGACACCUUUACCCAUACGUGGGCUGCAUUUCCCUGUAGAUUUCGUUGGGCGUUCGUUUCUUGCUCCAUAGAAAGCGGAUCACAAUUUGUUGCUCGUACGCCGUGGACGUGUAAAGCACAACCGCCAUCAUCAACAACUGAUAGCAGCGCAGUGCUACCAGCAGAUAAUGCCAGGCCGGUCCAAGAAAGGUCCGCCGCUGGGAAUGGUUACGUUGACUUCGCGUUUACAGCCGUAAUUUGGCUAAAAAAAACAGGUCCAAGGACAUAUGGAGUCGCCCUCGUAUAAGACCGCUCAAGUAAUGCAUUCGCAAAAUGGUAAUGAAAAAUUCAAGGUUUUUGCAAUUUGUAACUAAAAUCCUAUAAGCGAAUUUUUCAAACUAUCUAACCAUACAUCGUCACAAGUGACAAUCAGGAUUUGUGUUACUGACGUAGCCCAAUAAUGGGAACUGUAUUGUUGCGAACCAUGAAUAGUGAAGGAAGUAUAUAUGUCGUCAAAAAUUGAAGUAGAUCAUUUGCGCAUAGCAGUUAUGUAUAGGUGAGUUUGCUACACGACUUCCUAUAGUUUGGACAUGUCACUUGCUGUGCAAAUAACGAUGCCAUCAGUGCGUACGUACCUACACCGCGUAACACAUGCAAUGACAGGAUGAAGUGUAGAGUUAUUAUACUUUAUUUUUAGCGCAUAUAGUAGAAGUGCUGAAGAGUCGAAAAAUUAGUCAGUUCAAAGUAUUUUAUCGUUCUAUCCUAAAAAAAACGCUUCUGAAGAAAGGACUUCUCUCAGGAAAAGAUCCCGUGCUGAAGUUGUAGUAGAAAGUGUUUAGGAUUCAGUCUCUGGCCACCAUAAUAGUGAUAUUUAUCGUAUUAGGCUAAUUUCUCUGUAAUUAAGCAAACUGCGUAGCAUUAGCGGCUGUCUCACACGGCUGCCUACAGUGUCUCAUGAAUAGUAGGGCUCUUUCUUCUUUUCAUGCGAAGAUGUUGCAAAAUCAACGCUUUAUCAGUAACAGCCAACAAUGGUCUUACUGUUCGCUUAAUCAGUGAUUGAGCAUGCCUAUUGCAAAUUUACAUUAAUAGAAUGUUAGCCUAUGCUAGUGUGACGGCGAGCAAGUUCAAUAUGUUGUUUAAUCACAUCUCAUGGCUGGAUAAUAUCGAAAAUAUGGAAACAGCACAUAAAGCGUUGAAAGUAGCCUUUUCUGAUCAAUAAAGUUUUCGUAGUAUUGAGGUAAAUUGAUCUGCGAAUGCAACAAACACCAAUAUAUCUCAGCCAACCAUUGUCUCAUGACAUCGUUCGCGCAUAAAGAAAGCUACUUGGCACGAGCUAUUUGUUUUAUAUCUGUCCUUAGGAAUGUGGCACCAAUCUGGUAAAGUAGACGAAAACAGUAUUUAUAAGGCGGAAACAUGAACGGGAGGAAGUUAACAGUUCUGACUGUUUAUGACCUUAAAAUAUGCACUUUCUUCAUGAUGUACCUAGCUGGGAUACCGUAUCAAAUCAAAUGUCCGCGCCGGAAAGCGAGAAAUGUGAGUGGCUCACAAAUUUGACUAUUUAUUUUCUCACGUUACCACUUUAACAUAGCCCGAAAUAACAUGACCUUAAUGUGGCAUUUUUAUCUGCUUCAUUGAAACUGUAUUUUUAAUUUCUCCAGAGCAAACUUGGAUUUGACGCUCGACGAAAACAUAUGGAGUUGCUUCAUCGGUGGCCUGCCGUACAUUUUUGUGCGCGUGGGAUUCGACCAAAUGGUUGUGCAGAGAUUUAUGGCAGCGAGAACUGUACAAGAUGCCAAGAGGAUCGCGAUAGCCAGUUCGGUGUUCGUGGUCUUUUUUUUCUUCCUAGUUGGAGUUGCUGGUGGGACAAUAAUUUAUUGGUACAGAGACUGUGACCCACUCCUGUCUGGCGCUAUCAAGAGCUAUGAUCAGGUUGUGCCUUACUACUUAAAAGAAAGCCUUUCGGAGGUCACAGCACUUCGGGGUCUAUUUCUCGCAGGACUCUUAGGCGCUACAACAAGCACGGUUUCAUCAGUUGUCAAUUCUCAUGCGGCCACAUUUUACAUCGACGUUAUUGCACCGUACUACAGAGUAUCGGAGGAGAAGGCCUUGAUUGUAAUGCGGCUGCUUGCCUUUGCCAGCGGUACGAUCAUGACACUUUUUGCAAUCGCAGUGCCCUCUAUUGGUACCGCGACUCGGCUGUUCUUAAACUUCUAUGCCUCCGCUUCGGGACCAUUCGCAGCGCUUGUCAUUCUGGCCGUCUCGAGUCCAUGGGUCAAUGCGAAGGGGGCGGCUUGGGCGAGCGUGGUCGUUUGCGCGCUCCAGCUGUGGCACGCGGUGGGCAGGAGCUUGUCCAGUGCGGUGAAGCCGCCCGUGUUUCCUGGAACGCUCGACAGGUGCCCGGGGCCAGAAAACAUGACCGCCGAAAUAGCGAGGAACCUGUACAGUGUGGACGCACAGAGCUCCUACGUCUUCCCGCUGUAUCGCCUGUCCUUCUUUUGGAGUUCCUUUUUUGGUGCCCUGCUGACGAUGCUGCUUGCCGUGGCGUUGAGCUUCGCAACAGGUGGAAGGCAGAAGGCGAGAAACAAGCUACGUUUCACCAGUCCUGUAUUUAUUGACACCUGGAAAAGACUCAAGUUCAUUAGUCAGAAAUUUGACGUGCAAACGUCGAAGGCAUUCAACGGCGUCAGAAUUUCAGGCGACAAGUCCGAGGAUGACGAGCGCACGACGCUAGGCGCGGAGCUGUCCCCGGUCUUCAAAGAGCGUGCAAGCACCGACGUGUCCGCUGGAAACGUGGCAGAGUGCUCGACAUAAUAACGGAACUAACAGUUGCAGUACACUGUUAUUCAGGUUCCCACUGUGAUUGCGUGAGACCAAGUCAUUUCUGCAUUCGCAACGGCGAUGUCAACUGAGAAAACUACGUUGAAACGAGUAACUGCCGUCAUUGGAAAGAUUUAACGCACGUGCGGACUGUGAAGACGAACAUGUCUAACCGAGGUCACCUAAACAGCGUAACGUCUGCUAUUUCAGGCUGUGGGGGUAAUGAUUUAGACUGCGAUUGCACAAUCACACAGGUGGGACACGGAAAAGGCGCGACAGGGUUUUUUUUUACGCACUCAUGGCCUCCUGACUUUAUAUGCCUCGUCAUGGAAAUGCAGUUUACUUCUGUGGCGUCACUGAUCCGCACACGCAUCCAUAUAAUUACGUUGUGCCAUGACCAUGCUGUAAGUGGAUUCUUCCUGGUAUCGAGGUCUCCAGAGGUAACCAUGAUGACGUAGUUGCUCCAUUCCAAUCCCGUUUAGGUUUGGCGUCGCUGGUCGGAGUAGCGCUCCGUCCAUAUUUCAGUCUUAUCGGCUGGCAGCGAGCGGAAGAUAAAAAUUGAAUCGGUCGAAAUAGAUUGCUAGAUUUUACCGGCCCAGCAGUUUUGAGGCACGCCUGUAAGGUGAAGUACUUACGCUUCCACAAAACAAAGCCAUCAAGAUGAGCACUUAACGGUUGUUUCUUAUAAUGGAGGCGAGAUUUAUUUUCAAGUCAAGUUGUCGCGCUCUGCUUUCACAGCUUUCACACCUACUCACUUGUUAUAGCUGUGUUUUCUAUAGCGACGCAAGUAUAGCUUCUAAAGCAGUUCUGUUUUUACUCGCCGUGGUUGCUCAGUGGCUAUGGUGUUGGGCUGCUGAGCACGAGGUCGCGGGAUCGAAUCCCGGCCACGGCGGCCGCAUUUCGAUGGGGGCGAAAUGCGAAAACACCCGUGUGCUUAGAUUUAGGUGCACGUUAAAGAACCCCAGGUGGUCAACAUUUCCAGAGUCCUCCACUACGGCGUGCCUCAUAAUCAGAAAGUGGUUUUGGCACGUAAAACCCCAAAUAUUAUUAUUAUUAGUUCUGUUUUUCCCAUAAAUAACAGUUGUGUGGAGAGCUAAUGUGCUUUAUUCAGUGGAAGUUCCAGCGCAGCCCGUUUUUUUUUCUUCAAGCUUUACGCGAAUAAUAGGCUACAGCUUGCCUCCCCUUUUCUUCAUAUUAUCCUGCUUGAUGUGCAGCGUGAUAGGGCUCGCUUCUUGCUUAUCGUGGGGGCGUUUCUUUAUUUGAGCAAGUGCACUACUGAAUGCUGUUCCUUACAUGUAUGUUUGGUAAGGAAAAUACAGAUUCUGAGUGCAAAUAUUGUUCGCUUGCCUCGUUCUCACAAGCUUUUGCGGUAAAAAAUAGGAGAGUUACGCUGUCCAGAGGUCAGUAAAUCACUGUCCUAGCCUGUUUAUUAAUAUGUUGUUAAACAUAGAAAAAAAUAUUGAAAAUACAGAUUCCAGUGCAAGCUUGAGAGUGCAGUGUUGCAGUUCGAUCAUUGUAACUGAAAAAUACGUAUUUGCCAAUGUAAUGGAGUUUCUCGGAAAAUAUUACGAGCUACAACAUACUGAGAAGUGUAAAUUUUUUCGUCACUAACCGAGAAACACACACAAGAAAAUAGAACUGAUAGAACUCAUGGGUUCAUGCUAACAUAAAGUGAGCUACUGUAGGUUUAGAAACCUGGCAAAGUAUCUGUUUUGCAUCCAAAUUUAUUUCUGUCAAAUUUAAGCAUUCCUCGAGUCUAAUAAACCAACUUGUGUGCUCACUUCUAACAUUAAGUGAUAAACAGCAUUGAAGGGGGUGUUGCAACGAUAUACGGGAGUGUACGCAUCUCCAUUCCGUCUGCCUGCGUGAGAAAUAGUAUAUUUCUAGAUAGUUGUAUGCUAAUUUGCUUAUUUCUGUUCUUGCACUAAUUGUUAUACUGUGGUUUGCGCUAGUAACACAAUGGGAUUGAAGGAAAAAAACAUUGCGACCCGAUUGGUCGUGUGGUGCAGUUCUCGUACAUGUGCUAUUUGUGCAAUCCGCAGUAUGAAUCGAUAUCAACUCCACCAGCUUUAAGUUCUUCUAAUUAAAAGGUUCCUGAAAUUUACGUAGCAGAAACGAAACUUUAGACAAUGCUAUGACUAAUUCAGUUUCGUAUGCGCAAGCAAAAAUGAGUAUGAGAUUCAAUUGGAGGGAUAAUCAAAGACGCUUUAACUUCACAAGUGUAACUCCGGCGCUACUAAUAUAACCGCUUGUCAGGGAAAUCUUAAAAUUUUUGCGCUAUCGGCCUAAUUACGAAGCUCCAAAGAGUGAAAUAUGAACAAAACUUUGAUUUUGCGAUUAGCGACACGGUGGCUCGAUUCGCGAUCGAAUCCUAAUGUGGUAUACUUCGGUUUCCACACAGCGUAGACUCUAAAUCCAUCUGUCUGCUGGGCCUUUAAAAGUCACGAAACGGGGAACGGCUGGGGUUUUCUGACAGCUAGACAAAUGCAACUAGACGUAUGCUGCAUUAAAAAUACUCACGUUUAUAAAGUAACUACACGAAAAGAUAAAGACAAAACUUUCAGAGCAAUACGCCACACGUGCUGGCUUUAAUAGCGACAGUAGACGAGAGGUAAUGCAGCAAUUUCAUCGGAAGUGUAACAGACGACAACGGCGGAAUCCCUUGCUGACGUCAUCGAAGCGCUGCUCGAGCACCGCCAUCGGCCGCGCGCGUGGCAUAUAGUUCAACAUCUGCAGCAUAUGUGGCGACAGACUGAGCUGGCUACGGGUACCUAGAAAGUAGUUAUUUUUAAAAGUGUGUAAAAAUGUGCUCCCAGCCAGCGGAUAUAGGGUACUGAACCUCGGUGCUUCUAAGGAUCGCCUACCGUGGGCUGGUAGCAUCCGGCCGCUACGAAUAUGUAAAUAUGCCAAUGGGAAAUUGCCGCAGGGAACAAAUAGAACAACUAGUUUGAACUAGAGGUUCAAACUAGAAUGAAUGGUAGAAGAAAGUGUAACACCGUGUCUCAAUGUUUUCGCUGCAGUUUUAAAUACUUGUGUGAAGCUUGCAGGUAGGCGUGGAAACCGGUGCCUUGUGUUCGAAUCAUUUGUAGUGUUGGAGAUGGCUUUUUUUUUCUUCUUGACGUUACGUUAUCUUAAGAGCAAAGUUUAGCCUCAGGAACUGAAACACAUGGAAUAUGUGGAAACACAUAAAUUAUUUCUCUUAGCAUCCGCUACACAGUGCUUAACGAAAUGUGUGGCAAAAAAAAAAAAAGAAAAAACAUUGUAAAAAUUGGAUAGAGUUGAAUUUGGACUUAAGCCAUAGUUCUUCGCACAGGUAUCAAUGAAAGCACCGAAAUUUAUAAGUAAAUUAGUAAGCGAAAAACUUUGAAAUUGAGCGAAUACCAAAUAAAAGAAGGGUGAGUGCAAUUCUGUGAGCUAAACCUGUGAAGGCACAAAAAGCGGACGAAGCCGAUUUUCAUUAAUUACGGCUUUGGCGAAACACUCGUAAGCACACUCGUCUUAACGUAACUUGUAGGUAACGCUUUUUUCCUGGUGCCCGGAUUAGAGAAUGGCCCCCAAUCAAUCUGUUGAAAUACAACACACUCAUGUUCACACACAAGCAAUGGACAUCCUCAAAUCAAUAGCCAUUUUCUUGACGGUGAACGCGUGACUAAGGUAUCAGAUAAUAAAUAUAUGGGAGUUAUGUUUGCCAAUAAUCUUUCAUGGAACACAAACGUUCGCUACUUAUCGAAAGCCAGGCCUGCGCUCAACGUUAUCGGAAGGAAUUUUUAGCAAGGUCUUCUUGAACUCAAACAACUAUUGAACCUAACUAUUUCCGUCCAAUAUUAGAAUAUGGCCGUUCUCCAUGGGAUCCUUACCCAAAGCAGAACUAAAUAAGCUUGAGCGUGUGCAGAAACGUUCUGCCUGCUUCGUUUCUGGAAACUGUGAUUCUGGAAAAGCACUACCACAAUUCUGAAUGAUCUGCGGUAUCCAUCACUAGAAAUAGGAGGAAAUAUCUCAGAUUGCGCCUUUUCUAUAGCAUAUUCCGGAGCAGAACCGGUAUUGACAAGGACAUGUUUGUCAAGCCACCAACUUAUGUGUCUCAUUGAACCGAUCACCUGUAUUCCCGGAUCAAUCCGGGAAUACAGGUGCAGGGUGAAUAUUUCUGAGUAUACUUUCUUUACGAAAACAAUUCAUGACUGGAAUGAUUUACCCGACCAUAUUGUUACAGCUCCUCCCUCAUCUCUACUCACCUGCAGCGUGUGUGGUUCAACUUCUGAUGCGCUGUUUUUUCACGAAGCUGUUUGGUGCAUCUCGUUCUUUUUCUUCGCUUUGGUUUUUUAUGUCUGUUCUUAUCUCCUCAAGAAUUUGCAUAUUAAUAUGUAUAAUAGUAUGCUAUUCUUGUAUUUUUCUCUAUAUGUGUAACAAAGUGUGUUGUGGAACUUUCAGUGUCCGCGCUGUCGGGAAACAUUUUUAUAUGUAUGUAUGUACGGAUUAAUCUGAUUCCCGCUUUUCUGUACCCCCCCCCCCCCCUCCCUUAUGCAGUGCCCAUUGAGGUGCUGUAGGUAUUGUGAAUAAAUGAAUAAAAUAACAUAAAUAAAUAAAUAAAUACUUAAAUUCACACGCGAUAUUAAUCGCUUUCAGAUGUUCCAACAGGUGUAGUUUAGAGAACUGCAAAGUCUAGUUACAUACUUGCAAACUUGGUGCAUUAUUGUUCUAAUCUUACUGAUAUUCCGUAACAUUUAAGGGAUUGACUAUUUUACGGAAACGUUUAGAUGCCGCCAUCUUGGACUGUUAACGCUGCUGUCUUGUGUCUAACGACGAAGUGUGCGUUACUACAGUCGAUUCCCAAGCAUGAAAAUAGUUGUAUAAAUGCGUUCAGCGUUUCAUGACCAUGUUACGUCAGUUCUAAUAAAACAUAGAAAUUCUUUGUGUAACAGUCGAAGAUGGCGGCGCCUAUAAAGGGAAUAGGAAAUCGUCUAUACGUUACAUGCGUGAAAUCAAUAUACGUCUUCGCACAAGCGGUGAAAUUAAAUAAUGCAUCCUUUUCUGUUAAAUGCCACGCAUUUAAUCCAAAUCUGCUGAGUAUAUGUUUAAGGAACGCACUUUCUGCUUUCAUAUGUAUCUGAAUGUCAAAAUUUGAAUUCACCGAAAGUAAGGAUCCCACUUGACAGUGUGAAUUAAAAACGGGCCAGAGCCUUUUCUACGUACUUCGCAAUGUGAACGAGCUGUUAUGUGCCGUGGGAUGUUAGCAAUGUCAAGACGCAUCUGCCCUCUAUUCGAGGCGAGAUCGAGCUACAGGUGGCAGCACCAUCUCCGCGUCAGUGUUUAUAGGUGAUCGGUAGCAUGCAUUGAAAUGUACACGGCGACGCGUCGCUGUGAGCGAUCUGGCUCAAUUUUAUGGUAAUAAAGCGCACCGAAUUCAGUAAAUGGAUCACAGAGUGCUCUCAAAUGUAACAUACCUGCUUAAAAUCUGCAGCACGUCUCUUUUUACUUGAGAGAAGCGCGCGCUAUCAUUCAAAAGGGGACUGGCCCUCUGCGAUAGAAUCUGUGUUUCUGCACUUCCUUGAGGCGUUCUGUGUAUGUUUCGCUGGCGAUCCGCCUACACCGAUAAAAUUGUUACGCAAUUUAAUGAAUAACACCUUCGCUGUGCAUCUUCCACCAUGGCUUUAAAGAGCGUCUGCGUGUGUGUACGAUGAAGGUAAAACAGCAAGUUAACGCGCUUGACGUCGCAAAUGGCAGGCAUACACAUGCGCUUCUUAUUUUUGUGUUUAUAUCGCUGCGAAAUGCAAAUAGUUGAUGAGUUCAAUUAACAAUCUAGGCCCUUGUGGGUAACAACACGUUAGUAGAUCGGCUGGUUGCUCCAGCCGAGAUUAAUUUUAGCGCAGUAACACUAAAAACACCUCAUAUAAGCACAAAGCUGUCCUUGCAUUGUUAGAGGUGAAGUUGAUAUUAUUUGAGAGGCUAAAACCAUUAGGUUGUUUAAUUUAAGCUAAUAAUCGCCGUUGUUUGCCGUCCAACUAGAAUCUCCACACUGGACAAAGAAAGUAAAUUCUAGUAACUGCCUUUCAAAUCAGUGUCACGAUGUCCUGUGUCGAU